AUGGGAUGCAUCAAAUCCAAGGAUGCCUUUCCAGGUUCAAACGCUAUCCAGGAUGAAAGGAUCAGGGAAGGCAAUGGGGAGAAGUCAUCACUGAUAGCAGUGAAGGCGGAUGAGAAAAGUCCAUCAAGCGCUAUAGUGCUGGACUACGCACACCGUCUCUCCCGCGAGAUUCUUGAUCAGGCUCUGAAACAGUGGGCAGUGACUGAAAGCAAAUACAGCGACAUCCCUUACAUUGAAAGUGAUGUGUCCUGA